AUGAGGGUACUCUGUCUCCACGGAAAAGGUACCAGCGGUGCCAUAUUCAAAUCGCAAACCGCCUCAUUCCGCGCCCACCUGGCGCCCCUCAACAUCGACUUCGACUUUGUCGACGCCCCAAUCCCCUCCUCCCCUGCCCCGGGCGUAGACCUCUUCUAUAGCCCGCCCUACUAUUCCUGGUGGGAAGGCGAGUCCGCCGAAGCCAUUAAGACUGCUCGCCAAUGGCUGAAAACCCAUCUCAUCCUCUCGGGCCCCUACGAUGCUGUCAUGAUGUUCUCGCAGGGCUGCACACUGGGUUCGAGCUCGCUGUUGCUCCACGCGAUUGAGGAACCGCGCUCGCCUCCGCUGUUUAAGGCGGCUAUUUUUAUCUGCGGUGGGCCCCCGCUUGCUGUCGCGGAGACGCUGGGGUACCAGAUGAGUUUCGAGAUGCGAGAGAGGGAUAAUUGGUCCCGUGCGGCGCUGGCGCAGCAGGCUGAUUCGUCCGCGAUCCUGACUCAGGGGGCUGCGCGGUGGAGGGGCGGUUGGUGGGAUAUACCAGAUGAAGAACAAUUGCGGGAGGAGAUGGAGUUUCCAUGGAGGAUUGAGAUUCCGACGGUUCAUAUCUAUGGGGAUAAGGAUCCGCGGUAUCUUGCGGGGGUACAGUUGUCGGCGCUGUUUGACACGGAUAAUAUGAAGACGUAUGCUCAUGAUGGUGGGCAUGAGAUUCCGCGGAAGGAUGUUGUCAAUCGGAAGAUUGCCGAGUUGGUGAAGUGGGCGUUGGAGAGUGCUAAACUGCAGUAA